AUGGCGCCCAACCGAAUCCUUAAACAUUUCAACGGCACCCUGGCUGCGGCCUUUACCGUAAUUGCCGUCUCGACCUUCAACUAUGGCUUCGAUAACGCCGGCUACUCAACAACACAGGCGAUGGACGCGUUCCAGCGCCAGUUUGGCGACCAGAACCCCACAACUGGCAAGUGGAAGCUUCCCACCGGCUGGCUCGCCUUGUUCAACAGUCUCAACUACAUCGGCUUCGCGGCCGGGGUCAUCAUCGGUAGCCUCGUCAGUGCUCGCUGGGGUCGCCGGUGGUGCAUGUUUGGAAUGAGUGCGUGGGCCGUCAUCCCUGCAACAAUCGCGAUUACUUCAAGUACCCGAGAGCAGAUCAUGGCUGCACGCAUUCUGAACUACAUCUACGUUGGUAUGGAACUCGCUGUGGUCCCAGUGUAUCAGUCUGAGAUUGUCCCCUCGGAGAUUCGUGGUUUUGCAGUCGGCUCCUACCAAUUCAGUCUGAUGUUUGGCACUCUGAUUGUCAACUCUAUCUGCAGAGGAACCAGCACCCUGGAUGGCAAUGCAUCUUGGCGGAUUCCGAUGGGCUUAUUCUAUGUCAUUCCUGUCAUCGUCAUGGGCCUGAUCUUCUUCAUCCCCGAGUCACCUCGCUGGUUGUUGACCCAGGACAGAGUCGAAGAAGCCCAAAUUUCCUUAAGGAAACUCCGAGCCGGCACUAUCUCUGACUCCGAGAUCGAUGAACAGUUCGCUGCCCUCCAGUACGCUUUGAAACAGGAAGUCGAACAAGGAAACUAUAUGGAACUCUUCAAGGGUGUCAACUUGAAGAGAACUGGUAUCGUGAUGGCCAUGAACUUUUUCCAGCAAGCGACCGGGCAGGCUUUCGCCUCUACCUACGGUGCAAUCUUCAUCAAGGACAUUGGCACCGUUAACCCCUUUACCAUGACCAUCAUCAACGCCGUCGUAAACCUUUGCAUGGUCUUCGUCGGACUCUACCUGAAUGAUCGUGUGGGACGUCGACCUCUCCUCCUGAUCGGUGCAGUUUGGCAAUUUGCCGCCAUUGUAACCAUGGGCUCCCUGGGUACAGUGGCCGAACCAUCAUUCGCCGUCAAAACGAGCAUCGUGGCCAUGCUAACGAUCUUUGCCGCCGGCUACGUCUUUGCAUGGGCGCCUCUGAACUACGUCGUUACGACCGAGAUUCCGGCCCUCCGACUGCGCGACGCCUCUCAACGAACGGCGUCAAUGGUCAACGUCUUGGCCAACUUCCUCGUCAACUUCAGCAUCCCAUACCUGCUCUAUACUCCCGGCGCAGGAUUAGGUUCGAAAGUCGGUUUCAUCUUUGCGGGAAUCCUGGUGCUGGCGCUUGUCUUUACGUGGUUCUGCAUCCCCGAAUGCAAGGGCAAGUCUCUCGAACAGAUCGACCGGAUGUUCAACGAAGGGGUCCCGCUGCGCAAAUUCGGCAAGUACAAGGCGGAGGACAUGUUUCAGGCUACGCCAGAAGACGGCGAAAAGGCCGGGGUUGUUGUGACCGCAAGACACACGGAGAAGGCGUAA